AUGUCCUAUGAACCGCCAAUUCUUACAAGAAAACUCGGCUACGGCGAUGCAAAGGCUCCCGAAAGUGUAACUAAAUCACAUUCACGUCUAAGUCAAGGAGAGAAGCCAGGCAUGUAUAAUGCAUAUUUGCAGUUCGUAAACAGUCUAAAACCUGAGAUUUCAAGAAUCCAUCGAGUAAUUCUCGAAGGUUUUAUACUAAAGUUUUUUCCUCAUGUUGUUAGUGAAUGGUUUAUCGAGAUCAUUGCAUCAACAAAGUGGCCAAGUUCAGCGACAAGAUUUCAAACUUCUCAUAGAUCCCGCCUUGAAGAAAGGACAUGUUAAAAUCUACAGAUUCAGCGGUGUUUUUGAAGGGGUAAGGUUGUAAUCUUUGGAUGAAACAAGACAAAUUUUCCGCCGAAAUGUUACUAAAACUUUUUUUAACUUGGCAAUUGUACGUGUACGUUUCCUUUCCAGCAACCACCGGUUGUCCCAAAGGACCCGCGUUCCAGGCGAACGAGGAUAUGGAGUCUUAACAAAGCAGACUUACCAGUUCCUAACUUUAAGGUUUGUAUUUCUUAUUUCGAUUUAAUUUAAAAACCAACAACGACGCUUUGAUUGUUAUAAUAUGCAUUUGCAAUCGAAUUAUUAUUAAAUACUCGAAUUAUAGAUUUAUAAUCAUGUACAUUUCUCAGCCAAUUAAGGGGGAUUUCCAGCAUAUAAUCUAACUUUUGUUUGGUGAUUCCCUCUGUCACAGGUCGACAAGUGGUAUGUAGGAAUUCCUCCACAACGCGAAGUUCAUUUCUCGGGAUUGAACGACAAUGUGGAUAAGAAAUUUCUUGAAGAAAUGUGCGAACGUUAUGGGCGAAUCGAUGCCAUCAAAAUUUACUACGACCCUCAAACAAAAAAGCAUACUGGAAAGGGACGAGUGACUUAUGCUACCACUGCCGCUGCUAAAUUGGCAGUUUCAAAACUCGAUCACACUUCUGUCAUGGGAAACAUAAUAAAAGCAUACAUCGAAACCAACACCAAAGGUGAGUAACUAAAUAUACUUAGUUUAUUGUCAAUCAAUAAACGGGAUAGAUUUUUAUAAAAAUUCUUCCAGACGGUCGACUUUAUUAUGUUUUAUUUAGCACAUGGUAUGGCACGUUGACAGUCUAUAUUUGACGUUCCCGCUUGUUGUUUAUUAAUUAACAAGUUCACGUUUUUACCAAUCAAAACCAUUUAUUAUCCUCUCAGAUUUCGAUUUGUGUUAUACAUGUCAACAAAAUGUUUUUCCAAAGGAGAGAUCUAGCAAACUGAUUUUUGGGGAGGUCUGUGUUUGUUGUGGUAAAUGUUAUUGUGAGUUAUUGAUUUUCUUCUGUUUGAUGCCCAAUGUCACGCAUGAUUGUAAAGCAAAACAGGAACCACAACCUGUGAAAUGUUUUCCCCCAGCUAAAUGAUCAUUACAGUGAAACCAAGAUUGUGUCAGAAAACGUUUUGUAGGUGAAUGAAUGAAAAAAUAUAAAUGUUAUACAAACCAAGGUUGACAAAUAUGAUUUUCUGUGUGACACCAGUUAAAUUUUUUGGCUCAUUUCCGAAACACAUUUAACUUAUAACCAAAAGGUAAAUUUAUUUUACAUUGUCAUAAACUUACAUUUUAAGCUUAUAAUAAUUUAUAUUAUUAUCAGUAUUGUUUUUAUUAGAGAACUCAGAUUUUUCCUAUUCAUUGUUAACGUAUGCGACUGUUACUGAAAGUGAAACAAAUUUUUUUAUUGAUGCAAUGUAACAGUUCUUUAGAAAUUAAAGGUGAUUUAUAAAUUUGUCGACUUUUCUUAUUUUCUCAUGAAUAUAAUUCAAUAUCUGAAGUAAUUUUUUGAUUUAAUGAGUAGAGUUACAGCUCCUUGUUUGACUGUACACAAGCUCAUUCACUUCAGUACCGUAGUAAAGUCAAGCCUUCAUUAAGCUGCCACAUAUUAAGCGGUCACCAACUAUUAGGUGGCCAGUAAUCAAAGUCCUGAAACAAUUGUGGACAAGAAUUAAACCUCUAUUAAGCAGACUCCUGUAUCAAGUGUGGACAUCCCAAAGAGAGUUCUCCUUUUAUUGUCACAGCCAUACACUGUCUGGCUUUAUUUUAAAAGUGUGAUAAUGAAAAAAUUAUGGAAUCCAAGAUAGAAUAAUGGUUGAUUGUGGACCAGUAAUUAAUAACACUCUCGUCACAUGUUUGUUUCGAGAUAAAGUGAUGUUUCUGCCAAAAAAAUAUGUUAAUUGAUGACAAACCUCUGUUGAGCAGCCAACCUCUAUUAAAAGCAUUAUUGAGUUUGUCAGAACUCAUCCUAAUCUUGGGGUUCCUAUGGUACAAAGCCACAAAUUUUCAAGGUAUGAGGGGCGACUGCCGAUCAGGUACCCCCACUGAUUUUAUCAUGGGCAUCUCAGCCGGGAAACUGGACUCCUUUGGACUCAAUUUUGUUUCCAUUAGUGACAAAUGCGGGUCCAUAAUCAAUGAUUACCUCUAGUUUUAUGACAGUAGCAGUGUGAUGAUUUAAUUUUUUAUGACCAUUUAAAUUUGGAUAUCACUCAUAAUGUUUCUUUUAAUUCUUGAUAUUUAGCACAUGAAGUUCAUGGCAAAACCCGUGGUUUAGAGUCUUCCACAACAAGGCGAAACUCAGGCCAUGAGAUGCCCCCCUCUGUCUUGCCAUCAAGCCAGUUACCCACACCAUCCCCUUCAAUCAUGUCACAGUCAUCAUCAACAGAUAACUCAGUGUUAUCGCCUUCACUGUUGCUAAUGAAAAGUCCUGCCUCAUCAGUUUGCCUACCGGCUGACAUAUGGGGAACAUCACUGAGUGGCCCAUGGGAUAAGUCUAGUGUUAGUAUUGUCAACAAGCUGUCUCAGAGUGUUUCUACCUGUAUGUCCCCUCAAAGUGUGUCAUCUGGACAGUCGACAUUUGAGCCUGUUUCACCUCCACAUAGCUUCCUGAAGAAAAAUGAACCUCCACCCCCACCCCCACCGACGUCCAAACCACCAUUACCACCAGCCAACAAGGAGCCCCCACCUCCACCCCCUAAAGAUGUUCCUGCUCCACCAUCAUCUUGUUUCAAGUAUGAAGAUAUCUCUCCUGAUCCUGUCUUCUCUCCUGGAGAGGAAGACAAGUCAGGGUUAGCUAAGAAAGGAAAGGAGGAAUUGAACACAAGAAUCACUAAGACUAUUGACUCUCGCAGCAGGAGCACUGUACACAGUUCCUCCCCUCCUAGAAAAGCCCGUUCCCCCCGCAUCGACAGAAGUGAAAGUUAUUCAAAAUGGGCAGGAAAGAAACAAGUUGAGCGGGAAGAGAAGUAUCGUGAUAAAUACAGGGAGUCUGAUCGCGGUUGUGAGAGAGAUCGCAGUUUUAAGGACAAUCAAAGGCUUGAAAGACAUGGUGACUACAGACAUAAAAGAGAUGGGUACUUUGAUAGAAGGGAUGAUUACAGACAGUCCGAUUAUGAUAGGAACAGAUCUGGUCGCUGGGAAAAAGAUGACACUAAAUACAGGAGAGAUAGGUACAGUACCAGUCCCAGAAGGUCAGAUGAGUACAGAAGGUCUGAUGUUAAAGAUUUGCGAAAUAGAGAUCCUAGGCUACGAGAUAAAGAUAGUGAAAGCAGUAGAGGAAGAGAGUUGCAUGGUGAUAAUGAAAGAGAUAAAGAAGAACGCGGUGAAGAUGGGUACACAAGAGAUCCACGCUUAAAAGGACGGAAUCUAGAUCUCUCAGAAACUCACAAACAUGGCAACAAAAUAAAGGAGAAGGAAGUUAAAAGAGGGAGUUUAGAAACAAAAGAUGGUGUUAACAAAUCUCAAAGAGAUCUGGAAAAUAUAAGUGACAAUUCAGAUAGUUUCAUGGAAAAAGAUUUCUCAAAACUGCAGGAUCCCCGGUUGCGUGAAAAAGAUGAUGAGCCAAAGGGCAUUUAUCACAGUCAUCAGACUUCAACUCUUAAAAGUAAGAACACAAUUGAGCAGCAAGAAGAAAAUCAUGAAGCAAAGGAUAAAGAUCAAGAGUGUGUAUUAGAGUCAGUAGAAACAGAGUCUACAUCAAAACCUGUUAGCGCAGAAGAGAUAAUUUCUUCUGUUGUCGCUGGUACUCCAUUGAAUGAAACAACAGGAGGAAGUGGAUAUUCAGAGGAUGCUUACAUUCUUGGGGUGGAGACUUGUUCCGAUGAAGAGGAGCCUUUGCCUCCAGGUGAUGAACGGGAUGUUGCUCAUGAGGUCCAGCUGGAUAUUGCAAGAAAUAAAAUCAAAGCUGCACAGAAUGCGGUGAAAAAACGCAAGCUUUCCGAGACUGCAUUUCAGGAUGAAAAGAAGAACGGUGGAUCUAAAUCUAAGAAGAUCCAAAUUGUUCUCAAAAGCGUCCAGCUUAAUUCAGUGGAAAAUGAGCAGACUGCUUCAUCAAAUGUAGAUGAUUUGACAAAGGAUGCAGAAUCUACAGGCGGCUGGAGCUCUGUUUCACCUGAUGUUGCCGCAGAUGUGUCUGUUUCAUCAGAGGCGGAGGACAGCUCAUCAAGAUUAAACCUUCCACUUACUGAGGAUAUUUCUCCCUGCAAUUCACCAACUAUUGAGACAACAACCCACACUGAAUGUGAAACUUCAGCAACUUCUCAAGACCCAGCUCCCAUUGAUCUGUAUUCUGACAUUGAAGCAAAUGAAGAUGAAAACUGUGUUGGGGAUGUGAACAAUGAUGAUAACGAUGAUGCCAUGUCGUUAUCGUCAAUCAGCUCAAAUGAAGACACUUUAGAAGUGACUGAACUUGACAGCAAACCCUCUGAAAGUUCAAAGGGAAUCUCUGUACCACCUCCAAAUGUUGUGUUCCCACCAUAUCCACCACCUAUUUUCAAUCCCAAUAUACCACCCCCUCCAUUCUUUAACCCACGAGUACCCCCUCCACCCAUUACAGUCCCUCCUCCACCCCUCCCAACACACCCUGUAGUACCUCCGCCAACUAUUUGUCCAACCUUAUCUGCAAGGCCCAUUAUUCCCCCAACAGUACCUCCCCCAGGGGGCCCACCCAUACCAAUUCCCCCUCCUUCUAUCCCCCCAUCUUUCAGUGGUGCAUCAGGAUUUUACAACCCAAGGGCUGUACCUCAGUUCUCCAGUAGUGGUUAUGCAAAUAGUGGAAGCUAUGGCUACCAGAAACAAGAACAGAAGAAGCAUUGGUCAUCUGUGAUCAUUGACGAGGUUUAUAGGAACAUUUGUGGUGAGCUGGAAACUGUUGUCAAGCGAGACAUCUUUAAGAAACUUGUUCAGGCUUCGGCAUUCAAAGCUUUGGAAUCUUGGUGGGAUAACCAAUCCAAACCUAAGGUGAGAUGACUAAGUUUUAUAAUAUAUUGAAAUUAAAUUAUUCUUCCAAGCCUUACAUGUACUUGACUUAUCACAAAGUAUUUCUGUGGAAAAGUGUCACAUGUCAUUAGACCCAAACUGUGGAAACAUGUUUUUUUACACACAAUUAAUUAGUCUUUUUUUCUUUUAAUUUAUUUUUGAGUAAAUACUGUAUUCAAGUUGUUUGGUAGUUCAAUUUUAUUUCUUUUUGUGUCACAGCGUGCAAAGAAAGUAGUGUCCGAUAGCCCCAGGCUAGUGAAUUUUGCUCUUAGCUUGCCUGAUGGGCAAGUGAAUUUUUUUAAGAAUUCAAAUUACAGAAGAACUAUGUAAUCAAACAUGCUCCUCAAAGAGCUUUUGGGGCUAGUUAAAGUGAUGUUUGGGCUAGUACAUGCUAGCUAGAGCUAGCCCAAAUGGUAAGCUGUAAAACUGACGUUCUUUUCACCCUGUGUCAUCCUGUUUUUAGUUUACAGUAAAUCUCUAGUAGUAGUUCUUUUGUUAUUUGGCCACUCUAACAGCAAAAGAUUUCUCCUACCAUCUCAUUAUUAUUACUUUAUUUUAACACCACAGACUUCACCAAUGUCGACUACAAGUUCUUCCAGGAACGUUUCCAUGGGUACACACCCAACGUCCACUGUUGGCCUGCCAUCCAACUCUGGUACUGACCCAUCUGCAAUUGGACCCAGUCCUUUUGACAGGUCUCACAGCAUGCUACUUGGGUUACGUGCAUCACUUCCAAAACUACCAUCUUUCAAAGUGAAACGACCACCACAGCCUCCCAAAACUGAGCAACAGAGUUUGUCAUCACGAAAACGCAGCAACACGGAAUCGUCAGACUUGGAAAGAGAUUCCAAGAAGCAGAUGGUAGAAGGAACUGACCUUGGAAUGGAGACAGACUUGGAGAGCAGCUCUUCCUCAAACAAGGCUCCACGUGCUGUUAGUAGGAUGGAAGGAGAGCGUAGUCAUUCACCAUGGCAGCAACUUGACGAAAGUAUGGAUGCAGCUCCUCGAGCUACAAUAGUGCGGAGUACUGAAGGUAAAAUUGAUGAAUCACUGAUAGUUGCUUUGGAGUUUGUUUAGGAAAAACCAGAAAAAAUUUGAACAAAGACCCUUCUUCUUUUUAGCUCAUGGAUGACGUAGUCAUGCCAUGGGCUUUUGGGGGCACUCGAAUAGCACUCGAUCACUCACUCGAUUCUCAUUAAUUUAUUUCAUUAAAGUCAGAUUAAACACGUUACUCCUACCUCCCUAACUUAGUAUUACUUUUUUUCCAAGUGCCUUUUACGCACAUGUUUGGAAUAUUCUAGAGGGUACUAGUAAGGCGAAUUUUUUUUCCCAAUUAUAGAGAUGGGUUUUGUAUAAAUAACACUGAUAAUAUCAUCUGCAAGAAAUGGACUUAGAAUUGUUAAAAGGACAUUGAAAUAAUUGAGCGUGGAUCAUUGUUGUAUAUUUGGACGAAUUAUGCACAUUUGUUCCCGAUAUUGUACUUGAUAUGGAGAAGAUGCCAUGAGAUGCGAUCAACAGGAGUGUGAAAGAGCUAUUGCAGCCUGAUGAUGGGAUUUCAUUCAGCGAAAAGCGAAUAAGCCAAAGAGCCUUGUAGUGACUGGAAAAAAACUGUCCUCUAGUUGUCUAUUGAGGUUUAUUCAGUUAUUUGGACGAAUCCGUUUGACCAUUUGUCUUCGUAUGCAAACAGGGAAUGAAUUAAUGUUGUGUCAACUAGAAGCACAGGUUUUAGAACCAACAAGCGUUACGCUAUUUUGCUUGAAUUCUUAGGUGAUCUUUGCCUUAAAGUAGGCUUUUGUUUGUCGGUGAUUCCAUUUAGCAGUGUAAUUUCUAUGAGAAAUGCUGCGCUGGUAUAAGCAAGUCUCUGGCGAAAGGCAAUCGGAUACUUCGACUGCAUUUAAAUUACUUGGCUAGGUCAGAGCACGUACUGCUUUGAGCUUAAUCCGUUUUACAUGUAUUAAAAUAAUUUUUAGCUCGUGUUUAUCAAAAGCGCGUUCUAAAGCAGUUCAAUUUAGCCAUAAACGCCUGUAUUCUGUAUUUAAUAUAGCUCGUACAUACUAACCGUUAUGUACUCAUCAUAUGGAAACAUUUAUUUGAAAGCAUCGCACUUUUAAAACCACGGUUUAAAUAAAACUCAUGUAUGUAAAACUUGGCUAUUUUACAAGAAAGUGCACUGUCGUUCGGAAAGUGUUUGACAGUCACAUGAGAAAGCAAAUUAUUUUACAACUAAAAAGCGUUAAUAAUUGCUUUUAAAAGUGAUCUUUGCUUUGUAAGUAGAAAUGCUGCGCUGGUAAAAAGUUUCUAGAAUAUUCAGGUACACAUGCAAUCCUUUGAUUUGUUGUUUAAGCAUACUGGUAUGCACUUGCUUUAUGCAGCAAAAUAGGGUCACUGUCACUUCUAAAAUUCAAGAAAGUAAGAAAAAUCAUGAUAGUUUUUAUUAUUUUUUUAUUGCCAGGGAGACUGUAAUCAUGCAAACUUCAUUUGAGUUUCUUUUUCCCUCUCUUUUGCACAAUGAUCAGGCACUUCUAAAACACUCAGUAGUCAGUUUAUUACAAUGGGUUGUGGGUUUUUUUUUUUGGCAUUCUAAAAUAUGAGUGUGAUUUGGUUUGUCGACAGGCGAAGAACGGCGGCCCAGUACAGGCUCAUCCCUUUACCACAAGGUAUAUUCAAGCAGUAGCAGUGAAUCAGGGAGCGAUGGAAGUGAUUCGGAGGAGGAGGAGGAAGAGGAGGAAGGAGAGAGUGAAGAAGGAAGCGAAGAAGAAAGUGAAAGCAGUGAAUCUGAGGAGGAAAGCGAAGAAGAAAGUGAGGAGGAGGAUGUACCCAGUGAGAGUAAAGAAGAUGCUGAAUUGGCAAAGACUGAAAUGGAAAGUAAAGAGGAUAUUGAGGGAAAUCAGGAGAUCACCCCAAUGGUUAUGGAAUCAGAACAAGGUACAGAGAAUUUUCAUAAUAUAUCGUAUGAUCAACUUGAUUAACACGGGAACAAUAUUAUGUAACAGGGUUCACAUUAAGUGCCAGCAACCCACUAAAAAACCCCUGCUACUUCAACUUUUGAGCCACCUACUCUUUGGGAUAAAAAGGUAAGGUGAGAGAGCGAGAGCCUGAAAUUGACUUCAGCAAUCGACUACUGAGCUGCCUACUUUUAUGUCCUAGUUGUCUUCUUUGAAACUCAAUAAGAACCCUGUACAAUCAUACCUUACUUUGCUUAUAGUUGUAGGAGUGUUCAAUGCAAGUAAAUGCAGCUUUAAAUACAAAUUUUGAGAUAGAAGAUUAUAAAAGAGAGUUGCAUUAAGAGUUGUACGCUGAAAUGGGUGCUUUUAUUACUGGCAAUUUUGAUGCAAGCACUGAUUGUAGAAUGAACUAGACAAUGAUAUAAAACAUUUAUACCGCUCAAGAUAUGGCCAUGUGCAGUAUGAAGAAAUUCAAGGGCAUUUUAUAGCUAGGAAGUGCUUCCUAGGGUUAAAAGACAUACCUAGUCAAGACACCAGCUUCUCAACAUGAAGCUGAAUUCUUCAGAUGACACUCCCCCACAACUGGCUAUGUGCCUUAGGACGAUGGGGUUAUUCAAAACUGAUAAACCUUCUUUGGUUUUUCGCUCUGCCUGGGAAUGAUAAUUUUAAUUUGGUGCAUUUUUUGUUGAACUGGAAUUUGUAUGAUAAUAUUUAAAACCAACACCUUCAACCCAUCCUAGUUUGGCUUGUGUCAUGCCAUAGACGGCAAUCAGUCUCUCACCCAUUUGAUUUUUAAACUGACUGUGCUACAUCUCAAGGAAAUAACAACAACAAUCUUUUAUUGCCUCACACUUAGAAUUAUUACAAGAAAAAUGUUAUAUACAUUACAAAUUUACAGUGGGAUAACUAAAAAUGGUAAUUAAAAGUUACUUGCCCAGCAAAAAAAAUUUACUUGUCGCGGACUGGCGGACAGGACUGUUUUUGAGCCCUAAAAAAGUACGAGGUCAAUCUAGGGUGUAUAGCGAUUAACACAAUUUUAUUCUUACAGAUUCUGUACAGAAGUCAUUUACUCCAGUGUCAGUACAAGAUUCGCCCAGUUCGAAAUGGAAUGAAAGUGUGGUUUCUAGUAAUAAGGAACUUGAGAGAACAGUUGAAACCAAAACUGUGUCACAGACGACUAAUUGUAAAGUGGAACAAGUUGCACACAUGGAGCCAUUUCAUUCUUUCCAUAUUGCUAACAUUGUUCCUGAUUUGUUUAAAAACCAUGAUGAUUCUUCUGAUAGAGCUGAACUUACUGAAGAUGAGAGUGAUUCGACUCAAAAUGAAACAAAAAUAGUGGACAAAAGUGAUGAAACUAGGAAUGGAUUGGAUCUCCAAGGUCUUAAUCAGUAUGAUGGUCGUGGUGAGAGCAAUCACAGCUCCUCAGUGAUAAAAGUGGAAGAACCUUUAGAGAAAAAAGAUGUUAAAUCUCCUUUGCGUCCUCCUGAGUUUGGUUCCCAGGAUAAAGAGAACAUUCAACCUUCCUCUCUUAAGUUUAUACCAGAAGAGAAGUCAGUGGAGCAAAUGGACCAAGAAGAUGAUGUACUUGAAGAUCGAAGGCCCCUCUUGUCGCCCAACAAGCCCUUAGCAGUGUCACUUGUAGAACUGGAUCAUUCAUAUGGCCUGACUAUUCCAGAACCCAUGUUAGCACAGGAGGAAGAAACUACAUCUUUUGAUGAGCCACUCCACCCUGAUAACAGAGACUUCACUGAGUCAGCCCUCCCUGGGCAAAGAGAGUUGGCUGAAUCUCCUGUAGUUGAUAUAGUGACUGUUGACUCUGUACAGCCCAGGCGCUCUGUUCCUGACCUCAGUCUUCCUAAGCCCCAGUUUCCUGUACGGUCAUUUGAGGCUGAUGAUGAACUGGCCUAUGAGUUUCUUAGGUUGGGUAUUGAUGCCGAGGAUUGUCAUUACAUGAAAGUUGGCUUUGAGCAGCUUCAGCAAGUUGGGUCUCAGUCAGUUUUGGAUGCCCACUGGAGCAGUCAUCCUGAUAUCCUUUUCAUACAAUCAUUUGGCAUCUUCUACUUGCAAUAUUCUUUCAGUCAACUCUCUCCAAGAUGGACACAGUAAUUUUUAUUACCUGCACUAAGUUACCUGUCAGAGAGUGAUGUCCGUGUCCAUCUUAAAGAGACUCAAUUAAAGGGAGUAAAGAAAGGCAAGGACCAACUCUAGAUGUCAAUCUUAUAGAGGUGCCCGUUAAGAAAGAGUUGACUGUAUUACGUUUUUACAGUCAUCUUUCUCCAAUAUGGAUGCCUUUGGGACCAGUAUUAAGUAACUUUCUAAGAGUGAUGUGUACCCUAUAUAGACUUAAUACUGGUCCCAAAGAUGUCCAUCUUAGAGAGAGUUGAUUCUAAAACGAAAUACAGUCAACUCUCUCUUAACAGACACCUAGAGUUGGUCCCUGCCUUUCUUUACUUCCUUUACUUAAGUAACGUUAUAAGAGUGUGGUGCAUAAUAUAGAGACUUAAUACUGGUCCCAAAGGCGUCCAUCUUAGAGAGAGUUGAUUGUAAGACGUAAUACAGUCAACUCUCUCAUAACAGACACCUCUUUGAGACGGACACCUAGAGUUGGUCCCUGCCUUUCUUUACUCCCUUUAGUUAAAUAACUUUCUAAAAGUGAUGUGGAUCCUAAAGAGACUUAAUGCUGGUCCCAAAGACGUCCAUCUUAGAGAGAGUUGAUUCUUAUUUGUAAUACAGCGAACUCUCUCUUAACAGACACCUCUGUAAGAUGGACACCUAGAGUUGGUCCUUGCCUUUCUUUACUCCCUUUAUAUAAGUAAGUUUUUAAUAGUGAUGUGCAUCCUAUAGAAACUCAAAUAAAGGGAGUAAAGAAAGGUUCAAGGUGUCCAUCUUAUAACGGUGUCUGUUUAAGAGAGAGUCGACUGUAUUUGAGGUGAUUUAAGCCAUAGUUACCCAUCCAACCUUCCACAUCUAAUACACACCUGUCAUCAUCUUCUUACUUGUAACUAAGUUGUUCAAAGCCAUUUAGGCAAUAUACUGUGAGCAAGUCUCAAGAUCAAAGCAUUUUCUCUUUGGUGAUCAAUUUGUUAAUACUCAUAACCGAAUUUCUUGAUUGUGGUGUGAAAUUGUUAGGAGAAAACUGAUGUUGGUCACUUUUAGGAUUUCCAAGGGUUAAAUACUGAAGAUUAUUGUCUUUAACUGUUACCACUAACUGCCCAACCUGCGCCAAAGUCACGACGUAAACAAAAAACAGAGCAGGGUGUGCGUGUACAUCUAACAGGAUGUGCCCGUUCUGAAGGAUUUUACAAAAUUGAUAUCAAGGAAAAAGCCAAGUACCUGCAAGCUCAGCGGCGACAGCUUCAGUGCCAGGCCAACAUUACUGAGAAAGAACAGGUACAAUUUAGUCUGCUAUUCAGCCGUUUUAGUGUCGUCACGCAACGCUCCUCCCCGUGACGAUACUGAAAACGGCUGUGUACCAGACUAGGUACAAUGCAGCAGCUUAAAGGAGCUACGUCACGAAAUCUAUCAAAAUUUAAACAGUAGGAACUGUCGUAAAACUGAGUGAAACUGAAAAUAAGCGCUCAAAACGUUAAACAUAGGGGCUUAUAACACAGCAAAUACAACAGAAGGCGCGGAUGGACAGUAAUGGAGAAGAUUAAAUCAGAUUGCAAUUUGGUGACUUGAAAACUUUUUAGCCUAACAGUUUGUAAGGUUUGAUGUAAUGUUUUGGAGACCUAUUUGUUUGACACGAAGGUGUAAUUUUUGCUUUACAAGUAAUUUUCUCGUCAACGUCACUGAGUUACAUAGCGAAAAAGGACGCGUAAUUGGCAAUGUUAACCCUUUGAACCCUAAGAUCAAAAUUUGAGUUCUCAUUUGUCGCCCCUAUUCAUUCCUACAGAAGUAAUGGGGAGAAGGGAGAGGUUUCUAGUUUUCUAGUCUCUUCUCGCCUUGAGAAACCGAUUUUGAGAAAGAAACCCGAAUGUUUAGCUGUCUAAAGUCCAUUGCUUACAUGUACAAUGUUUGAUUUCAGAAAACGGAUGGUAACAAGGCCAAGCAGCAAUCUCGAGAGCACAGAGCAAUUCAAAGAAGACUUCAGUCAGCUGUGUGUAACGAGGAAUUUGGCGACUUACUCAAAUUCAAUCAGCUAAGGGUGAGAAGUUUUUUCCCAUACACAUACAAUGCCAGUAGUCUUGAUUUAGGUUUUGAUUCCACGGGACACACUUGGAACGGAUAGAUUCAUGUUGCUGUUAAAACGCUGUUUGAAAUUACCGGUAUUCUAGUUUGCUAACUAUGUGGCCAAUUAACCAUUGGACAACAAGUUUCCAUGGUCUUUACCAUAGAAUUGACGUCAAAAUGUUUACAAGUCUGGAGAGUGGUUUCACGUCAUUUUUAUGGUCGAUAAGAGUAUAGAGCAUGGAAAAGUGUUGUAUAUUUGUUUCUUGCAAUGAGAUGGACAGUUUUUGACGUCCAUUUCCGGUGAAGUUUCUUGAAAAAUUGCGUGCGAGAGAAAGUUAAAAAGAAUUUACGCCACGUCAUUUCCAUAGUCUGUGAGACUAUGCUCUGAUAGGCCAUAGCUCUCGGCCAAUCAGCGACCGAAAAAUCUCUCUGUUUUAAUAAAAAAAAAAGAAAGAAUUGGAAAUCCAUCACAGACCUAGAAGGCAAACACCCGAGUAUAGUAUAGCACCUCCCAGACAUGUAAUGCUUCAAGAUUCUUCUUCUUCUCAGUGCAUGCGUUUUGUCUUGUUAUUCUGCAGGUUCGUAAGAAACAGCUUCGAUUUGCCAAGUCAGGUAUUCACGACUGGGGAUUGUUUGCACAGGAAUCAAUAGCAGCGGAUGAAAUGGUGACCGAGUAUGUUGGAGAGAUCAUCAGACAGCCUAUAGCGGAUAUCCGUGAACGGCGUUAUGAGGAAAUGGGCAUUGGUUCCAGUUACUUGUUUCGAGUGGAUCAGGACACGAUUAUCGAUGCAACUACAAAAGGAAACCUGGCGCGGUUUAUAAAUCACUGCUGUGAUGUAAGUAAUUAGAGACAUUUACGAAGAGGUCGACUGCGAGCACGAGUUUUAAAGGGUUUUUGUGUGUUCUCAAAAAUUAGACACCCAGGAAAGCUUCUUUGUUUUUUUUUUUUUUUUUUUCACCAGAAAGUUUAGCUCGGUUAUUCUCAUUGAAGAAGAUUAAGCCCUUUCCCGAUCGCAAAUUAUGAUCAAACCUCUCACAUUUGAUCGAAAUAACUUGUUUCCGCGGCGCCCCUAAGACAUUAGGCUGAUUUAGCAACAGGACGGGAACGUCAGUUGACGAUGACGCGCGCAAAUCAAACAACUGGCUUGACCAAUGGCAGAGCGGCAAAUUGAACACCGGAAGUCGUGUUUAGUCCUUUCCGCGCGCUUUCCCUUCGUCAACUGACGUUCUCGUCCUGUUGCUAAAUCAGCCUAUUUUCGCCAACACCCGUGGUAGAAUAACGACCACCAUCACGUUUUCCCGUCAAAGUAUCACUAGUUCACUACCUGAUAUUGAGAAGAUCUCGUCCUCGUAUUUCUUGUUCUCGUCAUAUAAUCUAAAGGUCUCCCCCUUCCCCCAUUCUUUUUUGUUUUUGCUCAGUAUUUCUAUUCUGUCAGUACUAAAUUUAUUCAGUUCUAUUCAAACCAAACCUUAAAGGGUAAUUCAAAAUCGCUGUAUACUAUUUGUUACUUACCGUAGCUUGAUUUAUCUGUUUAAUGCCAAGCACCUUGGGUUAACCCAAUGUUUUCUUUUUAUUACUCUGCGAGCAAGCUCGCUAGACGAAAAGUCACGUCCGGGGCGAUAGGCAAAGAGUCACGCGCGCGAGAGAGACUUCUGACCCUCGCGAUUUUUCUCCUGUGUCUUACUUAAACGUAUUCUUUUCUCUCUUUCGGCAGCCCAACUGCUAUGCCAAGAUCGUCACGUUAGAAAAUGAAAAGAAAAUAGUCAUCUACUCCAAGAGGGACAUUCAAGUGAAUGAAGAAAUUACUUACGAUUAUAAAUUCCCCAUCGAGGACGAGAAAAUACCCUGUUUAUGUGGUGCGCCACAGUGUAGAGGCACUUUGAACUAA